AUGCAUAUAAACGCCACAGAUGGAGUGGGGGGAGGAGGGAGGAGUGUGAAACCGGAUGUGUAUUCAUACAGUGUGUUGCUGGGGGCGUAUGCAAGGGAGGGUGAUUGGAGGAGGGCGGAGGCGGUAUGGGGUGACAUGGUGGCACGUGGCGUGGAGGGCAGUGACGUGGCUGCAUGCAAGGUGACGUGGAUAGAAGAGGGUAAAGAUGAGGAGGAGGGUAAAGAUGAGGAGGAGGGUUAUGGUGGCGGCAAUGACAAAAGGCAGCCAUUCGUUGACCCCACCAUUCAGAAGGGGCGUGAAGGGCAAGAGGAGCAAGAAGGGCGUGAGGGGUGUGAGGGGUGGGAGGGGCGUGAUGGAACGUCCAGUGGCAGUGCAUUGGAAUUUGCAAGUGUGACGGCAAUGCGGGCUGCAGCAACAGGCAGGGCGCCGUGGGCCGUGGUGAAAGGGGUGUUCUGUGGCUUGUGUGACAAGAUGGGCGCGCAUAGAGUGUCGGUCAAAGCAUUCAACGAGUAUCUCCACGUCUGCCAGCUGGCGCUGCCGCCCGCAGCCGCCCUCCCUGAGAUGAUUGCCGGGCUCCGGUGGAUAGCACAGGCCGGCACUGUUGAUGAUGAUGGUGAUAAUAACGGUGGCACUGUUCAUGGUGGUGCGCCGCACAUACUGCCGGACGCCGCCACCCUCAACACGCUGAUGCCGGCAAUGAGACGAGCCGGCCGGGCGGCAGCAGGGCUUCUGUUGUAUGAGUUGCUGGUGGGGGGAGGGGAGGACAGAAAGAAAGACGGGGAUUCGUUGGCAGGGGGACAAGAGGAUAAGAGGGAAGGUGAGGAGUUGCCUGGUGGCAGGGAUGGCACGGGCGGGGAGGAGAGAGCGGGCAGAGCAAGUGGUACAGAGUGCACAGGCAGCAGGAGUAUUGCUGCAGCAGCAGACAGCCAACGCUCUGCUGGACGCCCUGGCGUCCUCAGGGGAUGUGCGCCUCUCAUGUCGCUGCUCAUGCUCCCCUCCCCUGCUCUCCCCGCACCCCCUUCCCUCUCUCCCCGCACCCCCUUCCCUCUCUCCCCGCACCCCCUUCCCUCUCUCCCCGCGCCCCCUUCUCUCUCUACCAGCAUCCGCCCCACACCAGCGUGCCUGACAGGCCUGGUGGCAGUGAUGGCACGGGCAACAGCAGACAGCCAAUGGUAUCCCUCUCAUGCUCCCCCUCCCUUGCUUUCCCCCCAACCCCUCUCUACCAGCAUCCGCCCAACACCAGCGUGCGUGACAGGCCUGGUGGCAGUGAUGGCACGGGCAGGGAGGAGAGAGCGGGCAGAGCAAGUGACAGAGCGCGCACUGGCAUCUGGAAUUGUGCUGCAGCAGCAGACAGCCAACGCUCUCCUGGACGCUCUGGCGUCCACAGGGGAUGUGCGCCGCACUGCUGCUCUCUUCUCCCGCCUCUUCCUACCUCCCUUCCCCUCCUCUCCCUCUCCUACUGCGCGAGGCAAGGGGCGGCUGAAGGCCGGCCUGCAGGCGGACACGUUUUCCUUCAACGCUCUGCUGAAAGCCCAUGCCAGACGACUGCAGGCGGUGGGAUCGGGGCAAUCAGUGCAGAUGAUGCAGUCAGUGCAGUCUAUGGUGCUGCUGGGCGCCCCAAGGGACAGAAGAGCCCAGCCCCCGAACCUCCAGCCAAGUGCCACUGAGGGCAGUGCCACUGAGGGAAUGUGGAGUGGGAGUGAUAAGAACGGGUGGGCAGUGCAAGGCCCGGUGGAGGUGUUUGGAGCGAUGCAGAGGAUGCAAGUUCCUAUUGACGAAUUCACCAUCUCGCUAUACGCACCCUCACUAGAAGCACUGAAGGAUGCUGACGAGGCAUCAUCCCUCCUCAAUACAAUCACAUCUCACGGCUAUCACAGCAGCCGAUUCUUCCCCCUCUGGUGCUCCCACAUCGUGGGGGCGUGUGUGGGGCGCGGGGGAGAGGGGGAGGUGGGGAGGGAGGACGUGCGGAGGGGCAUGGAUGUGUAUGGGAGGAUGAGGAGGAUAGAGAGGGAGGAGGAUGGGGCGUUGGAGAAAGUAAUAUGGACUCUGCUGCGAGCUUGUGAGGAGGUGGGUCUGUGGCAAGAAGCGAAGCAGCUGCUAGAGGACUAUCGGUCCCUCAGGCAGGCCCUGCAGGCCAAAACCAUCAUCAUGCCGAUUCACAAUGCAGCGCCAUUCCUGCAAGAAGCAAUCGACUCCAUCCAUGCACAGACUUACCAAGGCCCCAAGGAGCUUCUAGUCUUUGACGACGGCCCGAGCAACGACCAAUCACGGGACAUCCUUGAGGCAAAUCGCUCUGUGCUUGCCGCCCGAGGCAUCGCCCUGAAGAUCGUCGACGAGCGGACAGAUGCUGCCGCCCGGAAGGAGCGGAAAGACGCUGCCGCCCGGAGCGAGUGGUCAGAUGCUCCAGUGCUAACGGAGCAGACACAUGCUGCCGCCCUUGAAAUCUGUUAUCGUAGUAAAGAUGGCUUGGGGAAUGGUAGACAGACCGACAGCGGGAGUUUUGGGGACAAUGGUGGCUGUGGGGGAGUUGGUGAUAAUAACAGGAAUGGAGGUGAUGAAGGGGUUGGUGAUAAUAACAGGAAUGGAGGUGAUGAAGGGGUUGGUGGCUCGUCAAGAGGAAUCCCUGAAGCCAGUCGUAUUCCUGACAGCAGAAGCAACGCAGAAGCAGUCGGUUCCAGUGAGAGGGGGCAACAAAGGACCCAGCCGAGGGGGUGUGGUUUCGGGCGCAACCGAGCCAUCGAGCACAGCCGGGGCGAGUUCCUGUGCUUUGCUGAUGGGGUGAGAGGCGCAGACCGCAUCUCCCUACAGCUUGCUCUCGCAUCUCAAAGCCACAAGCUAUUGGUGGGUUCUAACUUCGUUCGUCUGCCAGCAGACGCCACGCCGAGGCUCACAGCGUGGGUUAACUCUCUUUCCCACCCACAGCUGUACCUGCAGCAGCUGGUGGAAACCACCCUCAUCGCGCCCACCUGGUUCUGCUCCCGACAACUCCAGCUCACUCAACAGCUGUACCUGCAGCAGCUGGUGGAGACCACCCUCAUCGCCCCCACCUGGUUCUGCCCCGGACAAGUCUUUGAUGCUUUGGGUCCCUUUGAUGAGAGCGGGCAAGGCACACCAGACGACCUCAUGUUCUUCUACCAGCACUUGGGCAACGGGGGCUGGCUGGGCAAGGUGAGCGUGAGCACAGGUCCGUUUGAUGAGAGCGGGCCCAGCACACCUGAUGACCUCAUGCUCUUUCAUCAGCACCUGAGCAACAGGGGUUUCCUGGGCAAGGUCAGCGUGAGACCCUUUGAUGAGAGCGGGCCCGGCACACCAGGCGGCCUCGUGUUCUUUCACCAGCACAUGCGCAACAAGGGCUGCCUGGGCAAGAUGGGCAUCACCAUUCGUCUUGCAUGCAAGGGUGAGGUGCCUCAGUCUCUAGUCACAUAUUGCUUCCACACGGCAUCCGUGACAGGCUCACGAGGCUGCCCCUGGGAGAGCAUCUGA